CUGGGCCAGGGUCUGCCUCCAUUGUCGCCUUGGGCUCUUCUCCAUCAUCCACUCAUCCUCCUUCUCGUCGUUCCUCUCUCUAACUCUCCCUCGGUCUCUCCUCUCCUCUCGUCAACCCACAAGCGCCACCCCCAUCCCCCAUCAUCCAUGCUUCGGCUCCCAGUCCCAAGUUCCAGGGUCACACUUUUUGCACACCGUACCUUUUGCACACGCAGCAGCGCAGCGGCUCCAUUCCUCUGCUUCCCGCUCUCGUCGCUCUCUACCUAAACCGAAAAAAGCUGUUGGGCUAGCAAAUCACAGCAAACCACAACCCACACCGCACACCGGUAUCCGUACACUACACACCAGCGCAAGGGCAGCUUUCUUAUUCUCCCCUGUCCAGUUUCUAUACCUCCUUACCGCUUCUCGGUCGACGCACGCUGCCGCACGCCGCAGACCGUCGCAUCCUACUUUUUUUUCUACUUGAAAACCUCCUUCCCUCUUCCCUCCUUUCCUCCUCCCCUUCUACUCCCCAUGAACACAUUCCGCCCCAUUGUCGGCAGGAUUGGGAGUAGCUUGACCGGAGGAACUACACACCUACACACACCAAUGUUGCGAAGAUACGCCCUCGGCUUCUCGGGCGCUGCCAGACCCCACGGAACCAUGGCUUCCACCAACCCCGUUGAGGACGCUAUUCGGUCCAAGGUGACCGCCGCCUUCUCCCCCACCACCCUCGAAAUCUACAACGACUCUCACCUCCAUAGCCACCACAAGGCCAUGGCUGGUAGCACCUCCAAGGAAACACACUUCAGACUUGUCAUUACCUCCGAGUCUUUCAAGUCCAAGAUGCAGUCCGCCCGCCACCGCAUGGUCUACGCCCUCCUGCGUGAGGAGAUGGCCCGUGAGGGUGGCAUCCACGCCCUUCAGCUCAAGACCCUCACCCCCGAAGAGGAAGAGAGGCAAAAGGCCAAGAAGGCCGCCGAGGCUCAAGCUUCCGAGGACUCGACCUGAGCAAAUUACAGAUACCAUAAAAACCAUAUACCCACACCACCACACCACCCUGGGGGCGACCUCGGGGGGUGUAAUGACACGAGAGAUACGACCUUUGAGACAUGACGGAAUAUUGGGAAAUCACAGCGCAAUAACUAUGGAGGAACACUGGAGAGAGGGUGUUUUUUUUCUUCUUGUGAACACCACCUAUACGGAGUCGGCUCAUGGAUUUUUGCUGCGACACGGAAACCCAAAUAACCCACCCUCGCCUUCAAGCCACCUACCCACCACCCUCAACUCAUUUGCAACUAGGAUACGACGGGAAGCAUCUUGGGGUUUGGCGAAAUGUUUUUUCUUUCCUAGGGAACAUAGAACACCUUCAAGACUCUCCAGAGAGCCGGGCACGAAAAAAGCACAACUAGAUCCAGUCUAGACAGAUCAGAUUGAUUGCCAGAGCAAUUUAGAAC